AUGCAAGAUGUCACCAUGAUGGGGAUGGAGGUCUUCCACUGCCUGGCCUGCCAUCUACCCCUCAGACCUCCCAUAUACCAGUGUUCCGUGGGGCAUUUCAUCUGCUGCUCUUGCCAUGACAAGCUGCCGGCGGAGGAGAGGAAGUGCAGCAGCUGCUCCACGCCCACGCCCAUCUCCCAGCGCUGCUACGGCAUGGAGCGCGUCGUCAACGGCAUCCUCCUUCCCUGCAAGCACGGGUGCAAAAACAAGAUCGCCUACCACCACAAGGCAGAGCACGAGAGGAAUCAGUGCCGGAACCGGCCCUACUUGUGCCCCAUCUCCGGCUGCAGCUUCUCUGGGACGAGCGCGCAGCUUCUGGGCCAUUUCACCGCCGGUCACAAAUGGAAGACGGAAAGGUUCGUGUACUCUGUGCCUUUCGAUCUCCAGGUCCAGCCAGGCUAUCGUCUCCUCCGUGGUGAAGACGGCCGCGUCUUCCUGCUCAACAUGGCGCCCCCGGAGUCGCUUGGCCACGCAGUCUCCCUCGUCUCCGUCAAGCCAAACGCUCACAAGAUCCAGUGCUCCGUUGGUUUCUCGCGCUUCUCUGGCCACUACCAGGUUACAUGGCUGGAACUCGGGAGCUUGUCCAAGUCUGACGGGCUGCCGGCGGAGUGCUUCUUCGUUGUGCCCAAGGUGUCCAAUGGGGAUGUCGUGCUCACCAUCCCCAUAGAUGACGGCAAGCUGUACGAGGGCGACGAUGACGUCGACAACUGCAGUAAGUGGGAGGUUAUGUAUGGUUAUUGA